AUGAAAUAUUUAGAUGAAUUAAGUAUUCUGUGGUGCAAGGAAGAAAGUCUUGCUAAUGAUACCAGUGCAAAUCACAAAGUGGUUGAAGCUAUUUAUUGGAUAACUUGUUACAAGCACUUCUGUUGGAUAAAUAAUGCUCAAGGCAAUGAUAUUGCUGAAAUCACAUUUAAUUUAUUAGGAGAAAACCGAGCACGAAAAAGAGAUGUAGAAGAAAUUAUUAAUUCAUCGAGUGAAACUGGAAAUGACUGGAUUUCGUGUAACAGUGAAUGCGCAGAGAAUGAAGUGUGCGAAGCUUCUACUGGAAGAUGCAUUUGCAAACUAGGUUAUGUACGUAUCAAUAAUAAUUCAUGCAUGUCUGCUGUAACUCAUGGUCCUCCCUCUAUUCCAUCAUUUGAAAUUGUUGGUCCAACAACAGUACAACUUCCUCAUGACAGUAUUAUGUUGUCUGUUAAAUUUGCUGAGCCUGAAGGUAUGUUAAAAUUUUUAGAGCUUUAUGCAAAUUAUACAUAUUAUUGGGAGGUGUUGGAUGGAGGUGGUUUUGGUACAGCCAAAACCUAUACUGAACCAAAUCUUACAAUUACUGACCUGAAAGAGGGUACGAUGCGGUUACGUGUUACUGUUUCGAAUUCAGUGAGCAAAAAUUUCAAAGAUAGGACUGUGACGGUUCUCUCUGAAAAACGUGUCAAUAAACCACCUACGGCUUUAAUACGUCCUUCCAGUCCAAUUCAUGUAAAUGAAGGCAGUCAUCUAAUUCUUGAUGCUGAAGGUAGUUCGGAUGAUAGUGGUCAACCCUUGCAGUUUGAAUGGAAGCUACUUAAUGGUCCUGCUAUUCCGUUACCUGCUUUGAAUACAGCUGUACUGCGUCUUGAUAAUCUUAUUACGGGCAACUAUACUUUUGGCUUAAUGGUAAAAGAUCAGUUGGGUGCAAUGAAUGAGAAACAUGCAGAAGUUAUUGUUUCCGCUAAAAGAGAUGAUCCUCCAAAAGCUGCAAUUACUGUUUGUGGCGAUCCAGUAAGCCGCUCUGCUGUAGAUGUUCGUCUUCCACAAAACAAUCUUCAGUUGUGUGCUAAUUCUUCUUCAGAUGAUAAUGGUAUUACGAUAUACAAAUGGUUUCGGGUUGAUAACUAUACAUCUAAACUUUCUGUAGAUUUUACAGGCUCUUCAACCCCUUUUCUUUCCAUCACAAAUCUGCAAGCAAAUGAUAAAGUUGGACCUUAUGUUUUUCGGCUUGAAGUUAUAGAUAGCAAAGGGCAAAAUGACUCAACAACUAUCAAUAUUUUAGUUAAUAAAGCGGUCAAUGCAGUUCCAAUUCCAUACGCUGGUGGAAAUCAAACGGUCCAGCUUCCUGCUGAUUCAAUAGUUCUUGAUGGCAAUGUUAAAGAUGAUGGACAAGUUAUAUCGUAUAACUGGGUUCAAUUAAGGUAG